UCCAUUUUCGGGACCCAGAGCCGAGGCUGUCGCUGCUACCACCUUUGCAACCAUUACUGCCACCCUCCGCCCCUAUCUCAAUGCAGUGCGUGCUACCCUGCAAGCCGCCCUGUGCCUGGAGAAUUUCUCGUCUCAGGUGGUGGAGAGACACAACAAACCCGAGGUGGAAGUCAGAAGCAGCAAGGAGCUCCUGUUGCAGCCAGUGAUCAUCAGCCGAAAUGAGAAAGAGAAAGUCCUAAUUGAAGGGUCCCUUAAUUCUGUGUGAGUUAGCAUUGCUGUGAAGCAGGCUGAUGAGAUUUAGAAAAUCCUGUGUCACAAAUUUAUGCAUUUCAUGAUGAUGAGAGCAGAGAACUUCUUCAUUUUACGUCGCAAACUAGUUGAGGGCUAUGAUAUCAGCUUCCUGAUCACAAACUUCCAUACAGAGCAGAUGUACAAGCACAAGCUGGUGGACUUUGUCAUCCAUUUCUUGGAGGAAAUUGACAAGGAAAUCAGCGAGAUGAAGCUGUCAGUCAAUGCCAGGGGCAUUGUGGGGGAGGAGUUCCUCAAGAAUUUCUAGACCAAGGGCUGGAAUCCACAGCUUUGCUUCCUCAUUCUCUCUGCACAGCCACCUUGCUGGGGCUACAGAGAGGGCCACAGCUCGGGAGUGAGAUGAGAAGCAGCCAGACCUGCGGGGGCUGUCCCCGCUAAAUGUACAUCAUGCUCGCCAGCGUGCCCAGGGGUGGGGAGGGUGCUUUUCAAUAUUUUUGGAACAAAACUGCUUGUUUAAGACUGUGUCGACUUGAUAUCCUUUUUUUAAAAAACAACUGAUCACUUGCUGUAAUUCGUCUAUUUGAGUCUCCUAGUGGCCAAGGUCUUGUGGGGAAAUUUAGGGGUGGUGGUGGGUGGAUUUGGUUGUUCUCGCAGCCCUCCGCAAGAGUUGCUGCUGGAGUUCCAGGUUGGCGCUGUGCAUGGAAACAUAGCCUCUAAUCGCUGACAGAGAGCUGCCUUUCACUCUGACAUGGGGACCUAACAAAUGAGGCCUGAAGCAUUUCUGUCUUUGACUGAAUUGGCAGCCAGUACUUGAGCCCUUAUACACUGGGGUGUCUAUAUGAUUACUGUCUUGAUCCACCUUCUUAACUGUAUGUAGGAGUCAUGAUUUUGCAGGCAAGCUGGCUGCUGGAGAUGG